AGAGAGAGAGAGAGAGAUGAAAAUAAAAAGCCGACACGAGCAGGCAUCAGAGAGCAGUAUCUGCGAGGAUCUGUUCAGAAUGCACUGUCGCUCUUUUUGUUCCCUUUUAUUUAAAAGCAUUUUCUAAUAUUUUGCAAAAUGAGGUGUUUGUCAUGUCAUUUUUGGCCUCAGCUUUGCUUCUGCUUGGUUUGCAUGUGCGGUUGUCUUGCUGAAGUGCGCUAUUCGGUUCCUGAGGAGAUGCGGAAAGGCUCUGUCAUCGGAAAUGUGGCCAGAGAUUUGGGAAUCGAUGUGUCUGAGCUGAUGAGACGCAGCGCUCGAGUCGUUGCCGAAGAAAGCAGGCAGUUUUGCGAGCUGAGAGCUGAAACAGGCUUGCUUUUAGUGAGCGAACGAAUGGAUCGAGAGGAGCUUUGCGCACAGUCUGUACACUGCAUCCUGCAGUUCCAGCUGCUUUUGGAGAGCCCUCUUAAAGUGUACAGCCUCCUAUUGGAUGUCCAAGACAUCAACGAUAACAGCCCGGCGUUUGACAACGGUCAGAUUGAACUGGAGCUGCUAGAAUCAACACUUCUCAGGAGACGUUUCCCACUGGAGAGUGCUCGCGAUCCUGAUAUCGGAGCUAAUUCUGUUCACCAUUAUCAACUCAGCGAGAAUGAAUAUUUCGCUUUGGAGAUGAACACUCAGAUGGAUAAUAAUGCAUAUCCUGAACUGGUCCUCAAAAAGCCUUUGGAUCGAGAAAGCAAAGCUGAUCACUUUCUGACGCUGAGUGGAGUUGACGGAGGCCGACCUUCUCGUUCUGGAACGGCAUCCAUUCACAUUCACGUCUUAGACGCUAAUGAUAACAUCCCCGUGUUCAGUCAGAGCGUUUACAAAGUCAGCGCAGAGGAAAAUUCGCCUCAGGGUUCGGUGCUGGUCAAAUUAAACGCCACAGAUUUAGACAGCGGGAUUUACGGAGCGGUUAGUUAUUCUUUCAGUCACGUUCCUGAUAAGACCAGAGGGAUUUUGGAGGUCGACUCUGUGACGGGGGAGGUCAGGAUCAUGGGCGCUUUGGAUUAUGAAGAGGCCAGUUCUCAUGAACUGGAUGUACAGGCUAAAGAUGGUGGUGGACAGUCAUCUCACUGCAAAUUAAUCCUAGACGUAAUCGAUGUGAACGACAACGCGCCUGUUAUCGCAGUUAAAUCAGCUUCAUCUUCAGUGCCUGAAGACGCUUCACCAGGAACGAUGGUAGCUUUGCUACACGUCUAUGAUCUUGAUAUUGGCGGUCGCGUCACAUGCAAACUAUCUGAUAAUGUGCCAUUCAAAUUAGUAUCAGAGGUAAAGAAUUACUUCAUGCUUGUGAUUGAUGGCAGGCUAGACAGAGAAAAGUGUACUCACUAUAACAUAACCAUAACCGCAGUAGAUGCUGGAACGCCUCCGUUAUUCAGCAGUAAAACCGUAGCCAUAACAGUCACAGACAUAAACGACAAUCCUCCUAUUUUUAGACACGCAAACUACACCGUCCAGUUUGCUGAGAAUCAGCCUCGGGGAACUCCAGUGAUCAAAAUCAAAGCUGACGACGCAGACGGAGGGCAGAACGCACGAAUAUUAUAUUCCCUCUCAGAAGACUCAGCCAUUUAUCUAUCCAUCAACACAGAAACUGGUGAGAUAUUCACAAUUCGUCCGUUCGAUUACGAAGCCUCCACUCACUUCUAUGCACAGGCCAUGGCACGUGACGGAGGACGGCCUUCAUUUACUAGCACAUGCACAAUCCGGAUCUAUAUCACAGAUAUGAACGACAAUCCACCGGUUGUGCUGUAUCCGGUGCAGUUUAACGGAUACGUUGCUGAUGAUAUCGUUCCCCGAGCUGCUCCUGCUGGUUAUUUGGUCACUAAGGUGGUGGCUGUUGAUGCAGACGCUGGACACAAUGCAUGGCUCUCCUAUCGGAUUGUUAAAGCCACGCAACCUAAUUUGUUCUCAAUUGGACUGCAUUGUGGGGAAAUAAGGACGCUUAGAGGGUUUGCUGAAGAUGAUGACAUUAAGCAAACUGUAAUAGUUUCUGUAAGCGAUAACGGGCCUGAAUCGUUCUCCGCUACUGCAACUGUUAAUAUUAUGACUGAAAAUGGAUUGCCUGUCAUCGAUGAGCUUUUCGCACGUGGCAUCGAGGAGUCACACACACACAGUGAUCAUAUUGUGUAUUUAAUAAUGGCUUUGGCUGGUGUGUCCAGUCUUUUCUUUGUGCUUAUAAUUUCGGUGAUCUACAUGAGACUGUGUAAACGCAGAUACAUGUAUCGGUCCACUGCAAACUUACCCAUUUUUCCUCCGACCUGCGGUCCUCCUGGAUAUUCCGACGUAAGCCGGUUCAACACCUUGCAGAAGGACGAUCGAUUUAACUCGUUUUUAACCACAGGAUCAUGGAGAGGGGACUUUAGAUUCGGAUCUGACUUCAUUGAUUUUGACAUGCAGAAUAAGAUUGGGACGGCAGUGCAUGUGGACGGCCACAGUGCCACACGUGCCAAGCUCUUAGUGCCACAUAAAUUCUAACCCCCCCCGCUCCCUCCCUCCUCUCAUGGUCUGAUCCUGAUUGUUGAACUUAAAAUCUUCAUCAGCAGAUCUGACUGAAAAGCCUUUAAUCAAACAAAUGACCAACGUUCAUCAUUAUAAUGCGUUUAACCUGUUUCAUUACAUUAGAUUAAAGUCAAUCUUGUUUUUGUUGCAUGUCAGAUCUUCAAUAGUGUAAAUUUUGUUGUUUAAAUUGUGUUCACAGUGUUCACUUCUUCUGAUGUGCUCAUUUUUUGGGUUGUUUGUAGUUCUUAUGUGUAUAAAUGCAUAACAUAUGAUUCAGAAGGAGCUUUAAUGCUAGGACAUGAACUUCUGAGGUUGUGUUUUUCAUAGUUUGCUUUUUUUUAAUGGCAAAACUGAUCACCGAAUAUGUGUUUGAUGAAGAUCUGCGCAUUCUUUGUGCUGAGAUAUUAUGGCAAAUCUUGCUUUCUAUUUAGUGCCCAACAGCUUUUGAAUUUGCUUUGCUUUUUACCAAUUUUUCUUUUCAUCAAUUCAUAAUUUUUCUUAUUUAGAUAUGCAGUUGAAGUUGAUUAUUUGCUCUGCUGAAUUAUAAUUAUUAGCCCCCCUGUAUAUUUCCCCUAAUUUCUUUUUAAUGGAGAUCAUUUUAU